AUGUCACAAAAGUACAACCAUCGUGACUCCAGUAGAGAUAAUGACCGAUCAAGAACCCCUGGGACGGAGCGCAUACAUGACAACUCAUUUGUUGAUCCUAUACCUGAAAUGUCUACAUUGGACCAGUAUCAUAUCAUUGAAAAGUUGGGACAAGGAACGUUUGGGGUUGUACAGAAAGCCCGAAAUAAACGCACUGGUGCACUAGUUGCUAUAAAACAACUUUUGAAUCACCUGGCAAAAGAGGGGUUCCCGAUAACUGCCAUGAGGGAGAUUACAAUUUUAAAACAACUCGAUCACCGCAAUAUUUUAAAUAUCGAGGACAUAAUUUUCGGGGAACCUGAUGUGACAAACCCAACUGAUGUGGUAACACAGAGGGGUUCAUUCUACACGGUGUCUCCUUACAUGACGAGUGAUUUGGUUGGAAUACUUGAGAAUCCAGAUGUGAAGCUAGAGCUUAAUGAGAUAAAAUGUAUCAUGAUGCAACUAUUGCAGGGCACACAAUAUAUACACGAACAAAACUUUUUGCACAGAGAUAUCAAAGCAGCCAACAUAUUGAUAGAUAACACGGGUGUUUUGAAAAUCGCAGACUUUGGAUUAGCUCGAAUGUACCACGGAGACGUGCCAAGAUUGGGAAUGGGUCCUGGCGGGGGAAAGAAAGACUAUACAGCACUUGUUGUGACUCGGUGGUAUCGUCCACCGGAACUUUUAUUGGGUGAAAGAAAGUACACUACUGCGGUUGAUAUAUGGGGAAUUGGAUGUGUUUUUGCUGAAUUAUUCAUUCGUAAACCAAUACUUGUUGGUAAAAGUGACGCCCAUCAGGCUCAACUUAUUUUUGAGCUCAUUGGAUCGCCAGAAACUUGGGAUGGGGCAGCAAAAUUACCAAAUAAGACACAUUUCAAUAUUGGCCUAGGUCGCAAGCGAAGCCUUGAAGGGAAAUUCGAAUCAUUGAUGCCUCCCUCAGCUGUUAGACUAUUAAGUGGAUUGCUAACACUUGAUCCUUACAAGAGAUUAAACGCGUUAGAUGCCUUGAACCAAGAAUUCUUCAAAAUCGAGCCACUACCUUUACGGCCAGAAGAGAUGCCGCAAUUUGGGGAAUGCCACGAAAUAGACAAGGAACGGUUCAAGAAACUCAGAGAGAACAACCACCUUGCUUUCAGAUCAGGUGCUCAAACUUAUCUUGAAGACAAGAGAUUUGAACAUGAAAAGGAGAAACCAACGGUUGGAAGGGUAGUCGAUCGUGAUAAUUACGAUGAUUAUGAGAGGAGUUACGUGCGGCGUAACGUUUCUAGACAAGCCGCUCACCUUAAUGAUAAUGCCUUUGAAGAUAGAGAGCAGCACCAAAGAAACAACCAGGUAAGGCGUUACUAUAAUAACCGGGGCGGUAGGACUCAGGAUAGUUGGAGGCAAAAUGGAUAUAUUGAUAAUGAGUUUGAAAAUGAUAAAGUCCCCUAUAGAGGUAUAGACUAUGGUGGACCUAGAACUUUCGAAUCCAAGCAGAUGUAUCCAUAUAUACCGCGCCUGGAAUUGAAUGAUUCGCACUAUUCUAGACACAAUUCUCCUCGUCCGUUGAGCAGAACGGAAAAUAGGCUACACAAUCCUGUUCAGAGCCACAAGAACAAUGAAGGAGUGAGCUAUUCCGAAAGACGAUCUCCAACGAGGAGUCAUGACAAAUCUGGAAAUUUAUUACCUAGAGAAGUUAGCCAUGGUCCAGAAAGAGCUUCGCUUGGGCAAGAGAACUUAAGAAAUACUUUGAAUAUGUAUUUGAAUGAUAAAAUUGAGAAUACCUAUGACAACCUUUCUGCCGCUGGAUCAAGCCCAAAAUUCUCGCCAGGUGAUGCAUCCUUGGCACUUGACAUAGAUUAUCACAAUAAUGAUGACAAUGAAAUUGAGGAAGAGAAAGAGCAACCUGUUGCAAGUGCUAACACUUUGCGCAAUUCUGUGAAUAGUGAAUCAAAAGGCAAAUGUAGCUAUUUCCCUUCACCAAUGGAAAGGAUAAAUCCAAGCGAGAAGUCAGAUGAAAGGAUAAGCUUAAGGAAGAAGUCAGAGGAGAGGACCUUAUCUCAGGAAAGGGCUGACACCAGCAAAACCAAAUCUCGUCAAAAGGAUUUCAUUAAAAAUUUUAGUGUGGAUGCUGGAAAAGAGCCAAAAAAUGCUGAACGCGAUGCUGUUCUCAAAGAUGCAGCUGAAAACGCCACGAAAAAUACUAUUAAAGCCCCAGAAUCUAGAGAACUGCAACAAGUGAUAGGAGGAAGAAUGAAUGGGGCACAUGUGAUUGAAAAGGAAACGACAAAUGAAGAAAGUAAAAAAGUAUCGAAUAAAGACAAAGCUUCAAAUGCAGACAACGACAAGAAUAAUGCGUAUGAACCAAUAACAGCUAAAGCGACAUCUGAUGCAACGACAGGAGUACAUAUUUUGGAUCUGCCUAGUCAGGAGUUUACUACCGAACCAAAGAUAUCUAACAUCGCCGAUGUUAAAAGUAGUUCCAAAAACGGGGCCGAACCUAUGGAGACCCCAAAACGGGAAGGCAUCGUCGACAAAAUCAGAAACAGAACUAUGCCCUAUGUGCAUGGGGGUAUAAGUGAUAGGGUGGCAAAUGCUAAAAGUAGUUCAAAUCUUUCGGCGUCUCCAGUUUUAAAGGAGAUAAAGAGAAGAACAAGUCUCGUACAGGAAGACGAUUCUCAACUGGAGAAGGGGACACCAAAGCCCGAGACAUCAAGCCAGGUCAAAGAUGCCGAUGUUGGAAAAUCUAAAUUACUCCAGGCACACGGAUCGGGUACGAAGAUACGUGACAGUAAGACUUUCUUAAAAAGUACAAUUGGACCUUCCAAAGAGCCGGUGAAAAAAGAUUUAUUUGGCAAACCCAAGACCAACUCAGUACCAAUAACGGUAACACGCUCGCAGCUGUCCAAGUUUCAUAAAAAGACCACAAAUUUCUCAAAAGAAAAUUCAUUUAAAAGGGGAUUGGUCGGCUAUGCAAUGGGAGCCAGUAAACGGGUGAAAAGAAAUUACAACUACAUGGAUGAUUGUGUUCUGGAGAGUGACUUAAGUGAAGUGGAAGAAUUCCCGGAAAAGGGUAGAAAACACGAACUUUAUGAGAACUUCUUAAAUGAAGUGGGUUACAGGCGGGAGCCAAUAUAUCGAAAGCAUAUGAAUGAAGCGAGGGGAUUCAGGCUGUAA